AUGGGUCCUGCCCUUGGCCAGGAUACCGGAAAGACGCCCAUGGAACCAGAGGUGGCCAUUCACCGGAUUAGAAUUACUCUAACCAGCCGAAACGUGAAGUCUCUGGAGAAAGUGUGUGCUGACUUGAUUAGAGGUGCAAAGGACAAGAACCUGAAAGUGAUGAACCCAGUUUGGAUGCCUACCAAGACUCUGAGAAUCACAACAAGGAAGAUUCCUUGUGGUGAAGGUUCUAAAACCUGGGGCCACUUCAAGAUGAGAAUCCACAAGCAACUCAAUGACUUGCUUAGUCCUUCUGAGAUUGUUAAGCAAAUCACUUCCAUCAGUAUUGAGCCUGGAGUAGACGUUGAAGUCACCAUUGCAGAUGCUUGA